CGAAACCACCCUCCCGUGCCGCCGAGCCCAGCCGCGCUCCGGCCGCCCGCUCGGCCGCCGUCCCCGGCGGCCCCAUGCCCCGAUGCCCCGCGGGGGCCAUGGACGAGGGGCCGGUGGACCUGCGCACUCGGCCCAAGGCCACCGCGCACCCCGGCGCCGUGCUGCCUCUGCGUAAGCGCCCGCUGCGCGCGCCCUCCCCGGAGCCCGCCGCGCCCCGCGGCACCACCGGCCCCGCAGUGCCCUCGGACCCCCUGCGCGGCAGCGGCGGUGUCUGCUGCGACGCGGCCAUCGCUCCGGGUCCCUCUCACGGCCUGGCGCGGCCGGAGGCGCUGUACUACCCCGCACCUCUAUUGCCCUUAUACUCCACGGCGUCCAUGGGCCCCCCGUUCCCGCUGCUGAACCUGCAGACGCACCUGUACCCCGUGAUGUGCUCCAUGGAACACCCCCUGUCAGCCGACAUCGCUGUGGCCACCCGUGCGGAUGAGGAUGGAGACACGCCUCUCCACAUCGCUGUGGUGCAGGGCAACCUGCCCGCAGUGCAACGGCUCAUCAAACUCUUCCUGCACGGGGGCCGGGAGUUGGAUAUUUACAACAACAUGCGCCAGACCCCGCUCCACCUAGCAGUGAUCACGACGCUGCCCGCUGUGGUUCAGCUCCUGGUACUGGCCGGUGCCAGUCCCAUGGCGCUGGACCGCAACGGCCAGACGGCGGCUCACCUGGCGUGCGAGCACCAGAGCCCGGCCUGCCUGCGGGCCCUCAUGGACAACGCGGCGCCCGGCACGGUGGACCUGGAGGCCCGCAAUUACGACGGGCUCACUGCCCUGCACGUGGCCGUCAACGCCGAGUGCCACGAAGCCGUGCUGUUCCUGCUGGAGCGAGGCGCGGACGUCGACGCGGUGGACAUUAAGAGUGGCCGCUCCCCGCUCAUCCACGCCGUGGAAAACAACAGCCUAAACAUGGUGCAGCUGCUGCUGCAGCACGGCGCCAACGUGAACGCCCAGAUGUACUCGGGCAGCUCGGCCCUGCACUCGGCGUCGGGCCGCGGGCUGCUCCCACUCGUGCGCACGCUGGUCCGCAGCGGCGCUGACAGCGGCCUCAAGAACUGCCACAACGACACGCCGCUCAUGGUGGCUCGCAGCCGCCGGGUCAUCGACAUCCUGAGGGGGAAGGCCACCCGGGCUGCGUCCUCGUCCCAGCGCGACCCCUCCCCGGACCGCAGUGCCACCACCUCCCCUGAGGGCAGCAGCCGUCUCAGCUCCAAUGGUCUCCUCUCCACCUCCCCGUCCUCCUCGCCCUCCCAGUCUCCCUCCAAGGACCUCCCUGGAUUUCCCAUGGCUCCCCAGAACUUCUUCCUGCCCUCACCGUCCCCCAAUGCCUUCCUACCCUUCCCAGGGGUUCUCCGAGGCCCUGUCCUGCCAGUGCCCCCCGCCCCAGCUCCAGGAGGCAGCUGAAAGGGGAGGGGGGCUGAUCUCUGACUCAUGAGGACUCGGGACCCCACACCCCACCCCGUGUGUGGCUCGGUCGGUGGGGUGACCCUUCUGGAAACUGUGAAGAUCUUGGAGCCCAGCUCCCACCAGGGAGGUCUCCUGGACCAGAACUGGCACCCAGGCACAGGCCACAAUGCAAGGGCCCCUUGUAGGCACUGGGUCUCUGGCUCACCUCUGUCGGCCAGUCCAGGGCUCUGCCUGGCUGCCCUCAGGCCACACCCUGGAAGACCUCCACCCGGAUUCGGGUCUCCUUGGACUCCUGCAGAGGUAGGAGAGUCCCCCCAGGGAGGGCGGGGGGACAGGAGCUCCCUGCCACCCUCAGCUGAGGUGGAGGGCGAGCGGAGGGGAGCAGAGAGAGGAGGCAGGCACUGAUGACUAUGUAAAUUAUUAGGCAUUUGGGUUGGAUUUCUUUUGUAAUAAACUAUUUUUGUACCAUA